UGCUGUCUCGGGUUACACAGAGGAGAAGGAGGUGGAAAAAAGAGUGGAGGACUUCACUUUUUGUGAAGAGACUGGAGUUGCAUGGAGCCCGCGAGCCUGGAGAAUGAAGAUCUCUGCAGUCCUGACAGCUCUCCUGACUAACCUCCUCUUCAGAAAUGCGUGUUUGGCUAUCAACGUCACAGUCAGCCCCUCUCCGUUCACCGUGGUGGCUGAGGGAGAAAACAUCACCCUGACCUGUCAGGUGAGCCAGCGGCGGCGGUCAGCGAGUCUGCCCGUGGUGCGCUGGAUGUUUCAGCCGGAGUCGGGAGGAGAGGAGCUUCUGGUGGCGAGGGUGAACAUGCAGAGAGCCAAGUUUUACGGAAACUACACCAAGAGCUUCGGCAAGCCCAAAAUGAAACUGACAGCGGUGAAACAGGGCAAGAUAUACAAGCUCCUCAUCGUGAACGUCAGCCAGCAGGACAGGGGUCUUUACAGCUGCAGGGUCCAGGAGUUCAAGAAGCAUCAGGAACGAUGGAAAGCUUCCACCAACAGCUCGGCCUCCACGCAGCUCCGAGUCCAUGUUCUCCCAGCCAGCAAACCAAAGGAGGAACUGUGGAGUCUGUUUGAAGACGUGUAUCUGUGUGCUGUGCUGGUGUGCUGUGUGGGGCUCUUGUGCAUGUGUAUGUUCACCAUAGCUGUGAGCUGUCAGUAUCUGCAGAGGAAGAGACGAUUAAAAGAAAACUAUCAUUUGGUCAAGAGCCCACAGAACAGCUCAGGCGAGACGGUCACUAGCGUGGUCAGCCUCUCUCCAGCUCUUCCCAAGAAGAUGAGAAAGUAUAAGAAAAAUAAAAGUGCGGAGCAGCCAGACGUGCCACCAGAGAUACCAGCUAAAGCUCCCAUUGCAGACAAAAUGCGAAAGCCGAAGCUUUUAAAGCCUCAACCCAGAAAAGUGGUUUUGCCCAAAAUCGCAGAAGAGAGUCUGAUGUACGCCGAGCUGGAGCUGAUGAAGCCUCUGCCUGAAGCCAAAGCUUCAAAGACAGGAACGGUGUACGCUCAGAUACUCUUUGAGGACAAACCUGUGUAGCGUCACGUCUUCUUGAAGAAAGCUUUAUUUAUAAUAACACCAGUUGGUUUUACCUUCA